CUAGACAUAUAUAUCGAGCCUCUAUGAAUUUCUGAAUUUACAGACACACUCAGUCCUUUCUUUCUCAUUUCCGUGUGCCCUUCUCUCUGUGUUCAGUGAUCAUCAACAACAACACGCAACACACUAUAUUUAUUUUGAUACUACAUUCUACGCGGACGGUAAUCAGGUACAAGAGAGGGUGUACCUACGAGAUUUGUAUAUAAAACACGGUGAAGAGCACUUACACAUCAGAGAUCGGUGGUACGAUGCUGAUCUUCAUUCUUGUCAUCGGAGAGCUGUUGGUUGGAGGAGCACAUUUGGUUAAUGCUGGUGGACUUUCGAUCAGUGAAUUGAACAUCGACGCUGACCUCCUCAAGAAGCUAACUCCAGUGCCAACCGUACCAGCACACAUUAGCAGAACUCAUCGCGUCGGAGCCCAACGUUACCGUCAAUUCGGAACUCGGUGCUGGCAUGGAGAGUCGUGUGCGAGUUGUGUCUGUUGUGGAGAAUGUGUCGACGAGGAAUUUGUGUGCAACUCGCCACCUGGAUCCACUGAUCUCUGUGUCAUCUACGAAACGGUUUCAAUUCACACGGAUCUUGAAAAACAAAGAAAGCCAGCAAGUUCAAACAGUUUGCCAAGCGAUUUUCCAGAUGUUAGAAAACGAUAAUUUAUAUCCAUUUCCUCUUUCAUUUUCCCACCUCGAUUACAAACAUUCUUUAAUGUCAAAUAAACAAGUCACGAAAGAUCAUGUUUGUCCCCAGCUCAUAUUUAUUUAUUCUCAAUCAAAUAACACAUGUUCCAAUGAUCUUUACCGUUCUUCAGUUAUUCCCGAUUAUAUUUAUCCGAGUUUUUGUGUCUAUCUACCGGCAGUCAAUGUUAAAUUUGUCAUUUGUGUGAGCAUUUGGACAAUGAAAUGUCAUUUCUUUGAAUUAAAACUAAGUUUUAUUGUCACAUUUUCUGAAAAAUCACAAUAA